GACGUGAUAGAGUCACAAAGGAAACACAAGGAUGGAAGGAAAGGGAAAAGUGAAUGGAGUAGCAGCCAUGGCAGCCUGCUACCAGGGAUUUGAUCCUGCUGCGUAUCUGCAGUAUAACUACACUCCACCACGGGCUGAUUUUGAGAGAAAGGAUAGCAUUGUGCCGUGGAAACUGGCAUGCCUGCACAGAGCCUUCACUGAAGGUGAUGUGAGAGGUGAGCUGCUGGUGGACAUAGGUUCAGGUCCCACUCUGUACCAGGUGCUGAGCGGCUGUGAGGUUUUCAACAAGGUGCUCCUCACAGACUUCCUGGAGGUCAACAGGCAGGAGCUGAGGGGCUGGCUGGAGGACGAGGGAGGCUGCAACCUGGACUGGACGCCCUACCUGCAGCACGUCUGUGAGCUGGAGGGACGACGGCCCUCAGCCUGGACGGAGAAGGCUGCUAAACUACGUCAGGUCAUUACCGACAUCGUCCCAGUUGACGUGCACCGCCCUCAGCCUCUGGCCCUCGACGCCCUCCCUUCAGAAGGGGCUGACUGUCUGGUGUCCUGCUUCUGUCUGGAGAGCGUCAGCCCCGACCUGGCUGCCUUCACCCGGGCCCUGGGCCACAUCGGGAGGCUCCUCCGCACCGGGGGUCAUCUCCUGCUCAUCGGUGCCCUGGGAGAGAGUUACUAUUUUGGGGGGCCUGGGGUGAGGAUCCCUGUGGUCCCACUGAACGAGGCCCAGGUCUGUGCCAGUUUGAAGGAGAGCGGCUACACCCUGAUCAGGCUGGAGGUCUACACACUGCCUCAGGACAUGAGGGUGGGAGUGGAUGACGUGUCUGGGGUGUUUUUUGUAAAGGCAAUCAAGGAGUAAAAGUAAGAGAAAGGAAAAUGGAUAAACAGUAGUAAAAGUGAGAGGAAGAAUCCAGAUAAAAAUAUUAUAGAUUUAACCUGUAAAUGUAUAAUUUAGCACAGCAGAUUAUUUAAAUAAAAAUGGGGAUAUCAGUGAUGCUAUUAAUAAUACAAACACAUCUUUUAACUUUGGUAUGGGGUGAGGGAAAAACAUUCAAAGACAACAACAUGUGAAUGAAUCAUUUUGAUUCCUUCUAUUUUAUUUCAUUGGUCCAUAAAACGUCUUUUCUGAGGGUGAAUAAGCAGGAGACAUUCCCUUUGGUUGCUCCCAGUUAGAAAUGUAACUAAUUACACAUUGCCUCCUGCAGUUCAAACACAGCAACUACAGCAUUGAGAAUAAUAUGCGUACAUCUUGUUUGAAACAAAUCACCUGUUGACAUAACAUAGCAUUUUCCACGCUGUUUAUAAACUGUAUAUUUUGAUAUACUUCUAUCUCGAUAUACUUCUAUUUCGAUUAACUAUUAAUGAAUUGCCUGUCGUGUUUGUAAUUUGUGAUAUGUGAAUAAAGACUCUAAAGCAGUU